AUGUGGGAGCUUCUUCAAGCCGAGUUGAGGGACGAGCGUGAUCGGAUCACGCGCGUCCAGGACUCAUUUCGCGAAAGGCGAAUUUCUGAUCGCGAAUCGCUUGAAGAUCAUUUUGCGAGGCUCAACUCGAUGGUUAACGAUCGAUUCAUCGAGUUUGAUGAGCGGAUCCACCGAUUUAAUGAGAAGCGUGCUGGAUCUUUGUCCAUGCAGCUUGCUGAAACGAUCCGCCACAUCAAGCAGUAUCCUGAUGCGCUACAGCAAAUCCAGAUCAACAUCUCGAAUGCUGAAGCGUGCAUCGCUGCGGUUGAGCAGAAUGCUACCCACCGAAUCGAGGAGAGUAAUCGCGUUCUCAUCGAUCACCUUGCGACUCGUAUCCUGCAUCUUGAGGACGCCCACGUACGAAGGGCCGAACGAACACAGUUCUUUGAUAUCAGCGAUCAUGACGGUGAUAUUCAGCGCCCUGCGGACUUGCCGCCAGUUCCCGGCGCAUUAUUCCCUGGCGGGCACAGUACUGCUAUCCCUCGAUCAUCGCUGCUAGGUCCGGUUGAUCAUGGCUCUACGCCUGGGUGUAACGCUGCGCCUGCUGAAAAGGCUUCAACGGUGCAAUCUCAGACGAGUUGCCCGAAUCUUGAUGAGAUUUUGAGGCGAGCCCAGCAACGAAUGGAGCCCGAUGUUUCCAUGCCAGAUCUUACGACACGCGCACUGUCCCGGCUGGGAAAGGGUCCGUCUAGGUGGUACAAUGCCAUGCUCGGUCGAUCAAGCCUCGAGGGCGAUAGUGCCACAGUGCGCCCAUUCUUCACACUGAAACUGGCACUUACACUCUGGCACCGAAUGCGACUAUUUCUACCACGCUUCGGCCAACGACUGCGGAUGCUGUGCCACCGAUGCCCACCUUCAACGCACGAACGUCCGCCCCUGCGCCGAGCUCUGCGCUUUGAGCGGACAAUCCGUUCGGGCACGGUUGCCCUCCUAGCCGUAACGGCCCCGAUGAUGGUGGUGCGUAUGGCGCCGGAUUCGGAGGUGGUGGACACCCACCAUCCGGAUUUCGUCCCGGUGGAGGCGGUGGUCCGCCGAGCGACUGGCAAUCCGCCGGGCACUAACGAUUCAGGGCCUGGCGCAUCCAAGGGUGAUGGAUCGCUCAGCGAUGCAAAGAAGGCGAAAUGCAAGUCCUUCCGGCUCGACUCGGAGCCUGAACCCGCCCAGCUUCGACGCUGGAUUGUCGAUAUGAAAAAACGGGUUGCGAAUGCAUUCGCCGACGAUCCAGGGUAUGCACUCACGUGGGUUGAGAUCCCUGAUGGCAGUCGAUACGAGGACCUUAUUGACGAAUGCAAGUAUGGGAUGCUCGAGAACGAAUGCAAUUCGGCGUUCCGUGAGUGCAUUAAGUCCAUCGCACUGAAGAACAAGAUUCAGACUGAAACCGAGCGCAUGGACACGAUAAAUCGGUACGAGAAUUCCGCUGCCUUGAACUUGAUAUGCAGCUCUGGGAUAGAGAUGUAUCGGAGAAGAUGUAUUCUGCAACACGAUCACGACGAUCAUCCUCUGCUCAGCGACGGUAUGCUGCGCCCGCGCACGGCAGUCCCCGCCGAUCCUUCUCACGAUCAAAGAGGGGAUCUCGGUCGCCAGGAUGCCGUGACUCUAGGAGAGGAAGUCCACAUCGGAGGAGCUCGCCGAGACGUUCGUCGCCGAGGCGAUCCUCUCCGAGGCGUGGCUCCCCAAGGCGGUACUCCCGCAGCCCCGGGCGUGCCGCUCCCGCUCCCCCACGACGAUCCCCAUUCCGGUCGCCGCGUGGCAGAGAAGUCCGUUACGAUUUCAAGAAUGGCAGAUGCACGCGAGGGACUUCGCACUCGCUUGUGCCGCAUCAUUCGAUAUGGCGUGUCCAACGGUCAAGCGGUUUUGCUCGACGAUGUUGACGCCAAGACGUUGGGAAGUGAUGCUUGCGUUUUGGAGCUGACGCUUUCGAAGCAUAGCGCCUGCGAAGUCUUGGCUGCGGAUACGCGUUCGCUUCCCUGUCGUUGGACUGGUAGGACCAUCUUCGUCAUUGGGCCUUCUGCCAAAACGCAAGUAAAGGUUCGUACCUCCAUGCCGAGUAAGGAUGGUACCGAACGUCGUGUGGAAACUGCCAAUGGCUAUUAUGGCCAUGCCCUGCGGGCAAAGGCACGAUGUGUUAUUCCUGCCAAGUCGCGAGCAUGCAUCGUCACAGAUCUUGAAUUUGACCCGCCGAUUGGAAUGUCCGCUCGCGAUGUGGCGGUUGUCCAGUUUUACACAUCUGUGUUGGCUGCGGUUGAACUCGAAUUUUCGGCUGACAACGACGAUAGCAUUGCGGUUCCAGCGAGGCCGUCCAAAGUCGCAUUUGAGAUGGAGGCUGCCAACUUGGUACGAGGUUGGGAGCUUAUGGCUUCUAAAAUCAAGUUGGAACCACCAUCGAGCAUUAAACGCUACUUGGGAUGUGAACAUGUCACCUUCUCUCAUGUUGUUCCUGGUCCCUUUGACCCGCGAUCUUAUUGGACCCACUUCGAAGAGCCCAAGAAGGCUUUCCCGGAGCUCACCUUUGGCGAUCGAAACACCAAUGUUGCGCAGGGAUCUACUGGUCCGCGCGAGAUUCGGAUGAUCAAGUACGAUAUGCGAUCAUUCAUGGAACAGUGUGUUUCUCGCUACGUCGAGCUCUGCGGUCCCAAGUACAAGGCCACCUUGCGAUCCGCGGAUACUCCUUUUCCUGACGAAUCUCGACCGGAGUUCGAUGUUAAUCCGAAUCGUCCCGCGGUUACUCGCCUGUUGGGUCACCCCGCAGAUACCCCUAUCCCGCCUGAUAAGGGUGAAUUGGGUGAUUGUGCUGCUGUGUUGAUGAAGAUUCUCUACGGUGCUCGCAUGGGACGGUAUGAUCUUAUUCGUCCUGUGCAGGCCCUUGCGAGUCUCAUCACCAAGUGGGAUGGGCUGUGUGAUAAGAAGCUCCAUCGCUUGGUGUGUUACAUCAAUUCUUUCAUGCCUCUCAAUGCUCUGUCCAAGAAGCAAACUUCUGGCUCGAAGUCUACUCCGGAAGCCGAGAUUGUCUCUCUUGACCACGCUGUUUAUAAGUUGGGCCUGCCCGCUCUCUCUAUGUGGGAGUACAUGUUGGGCCACCGAUUCCGUCUGCGUGUCAUGGACGAUAAUGAGGCUGCUAUUCGUGUCAUCAUCACUGGUCAUAAUCCCAACAUGCGUCACAUGUCUCGCACUCAGCGCAUUGAUAUAUCUGCGCUCAACGAACGCUACCAUGGUGGUGAUUUCUUGUUCGUGACUUGUCCGUCGCAGUUCGAGGCCGGCGAUAUUUUGACCAAGGCCUGCACCGAUGCAAAAGUGUGUGGGGUCGUAAUCUGA